UUUAUAUCUCUUUGGAUGGUGGAAAACUAUUAUUAUCCUAUGUUGUACGUGACACGAAACUAUUCGACUGACAAGACAGUAUUCGAAUAUCGCGAUUUUACUGACAAGGACACAAAACAUCUUCGAACAUUUGUGACAUAUACGUCAAAAUCAAUGCUGAACUUUGAAGAGAUUUUUGUCAAUAAAUCCUUUUGGAUAUUACCGCAAAGAUCGAUAGUAAUAACGGAAAAAUUUGAUGAAAAUGAUUGGAUUAUAGUCAAUUUACAACAAAUAGGAUAUUAUCGUGUUAAUUAUGAUACUGAUAAUUGGCUUAAACUUGCGCAGUACAUGAAUUCUACGAAAUAUAUCGACAUACAUGUUCUCAAUCGAGCGCAAAUCAUAGAUGAUGCGUUUCACUUGUUCAUACGUUAUCAACUUAAUUAUGCUACGUUUUGGGAAAUUACCGCAUUUUUAGCGCUAGAAACGAAUUAUGUAGUAUGGUAUCCGAUGUUUAAAGCUUUUGAAUAUAUGACUUUUAUAGUUUCAAUAAAAGAUGCUAAUGACUUGAAGGAAAAGAUGGAAAAAUUAUUGAGUGGAGUUCUGUAUCGAAUAAAAUACGAACCACUACCAUACGAAAGCGUUCUCAUCAAAUGUUUAAGAGAGGAAGCCGUAAAAUGGGCAUGUAUUAUUGCUAACAAAAAUUGUAGAAAAGUAGCCAAUAUGCAAAUGACAAGAGAUCUAUAUUCUGAAAGUGGCACUUUUGUAACGCAAUCAGAAUGGAAAGCAUGGAUGUAUUGUAAUGGUUUGGUGUCAGCAAACAGCACCAUUUGGCACGCUGUAUGGAAGAAAUGGACAGCAACACCUAAUGAUAUAAAUUUUUUUAGAAUAUUUAAGUUGCAGUGAAGAUCCUAUAGUCAUUUCUGAUUAUUUGCAGCUGAAUUUGAUUGAUAGUUUUUUAUUACAACACAACAAUACACGUGCUCACAUAUUUCUUUUUAUCGUUGCGCGGCAUGCAAGCAACGAUACAGUUUGCGAUUUUAUAUUGCAAAAUCUCAAAAAUAAUACAUUUAUGUUUACUUCCAACACGCAAGCCGACCAAAUUGCAACAUUAAUU